AUGUCAAGACUUCCCCAUCUCUCCUCUGGGAGUUGGGCUGUCUGCUGCCAAGCAUCCUGGGUAGCAGUUGUCCUUCAAUUGCUUCCUUGGUGCAUGGCCUUGGAUAUUCAAGCACCCCCCAUGAUCCCAAAUUUGCCUUUUCUCUCAGCUUGGAAUGCCCCAACAGAGCUCUGUGCCCAGAAACAUGACGUAGAACUGGAUAUGAGUCUCUUCUCCUUGGUGGGCAGCACUCGCCAGGAAAUCAAGGGGCAGAAUAUCACUUUAUUCUACACUGAUAGGCUGGGCUACUACCCUUAUAUAGAUGAAGUCACGGGGAAAAGUGUGAAUACAGGGCUUCCUCAGCUUUGCCCCCUGGACCUCCAUUUGACUAAAGCCAAGGAGGACAUUGUCAACUACAUGCCCUCAGCAGAAAAAUCCGGUCUAGCCGUCAUCGACUGGGAGAACUGGAGGCCUCUGUGGAUCCGGAACUGGAAGCCGAAAGACAUUUACAGGAACCGGUCGAUUGAACUGGUACAGCAGAAAGAUGUGACAUUAAAUUUCUCUGAAGCCUGGAACAUCGCCAAAGUCGAUUUCGAAAAGGCAGCGCGGAAUUUCAUGCAACAGUCUCUGAAGCUGGGGAAGACGCUUCGGCCCAACCGUCUGUGGGGGUUUUACCUCUUCCCAGACUGCUACAACCACAACUACAAGAGCCCAAAUUAUAAUGGCAGCUGCUUUGAUAUCGAAAAAGCCAGAAACGAUGAGCUGCAAUGGCUGUGGAAGGAGAGCACGGCCCUCUUCCCAUCCAUCUACCUGGAUACCGGCUUACGGAACUCCGGCUAUGCUCCGCUCUUCGUCCGGAACCGAGUUCAAGAAGCCAUCCGGGUUUCUAAAGUAGCCGACCCCUUGAAUCCCCUUCCGAUUUUUGUCUACACACGUCCAGUUUUCACAAAUGCUCCUUCCAACUAUCUCUCUCAGAUUGACCUCGUAAAUACGAUUGGAGAGUGUGCUGCCCUCGGUGUCUCCGGAACAGUAAUGUGGGGAAGCCUCAACUUAACUCGGAGUGUGAAAACCUGCAGGAUUCUGGACAAUUACAUGAGGAUGACGCUGAAUCCCUACAUCAUCAAUGUCACCCUGGCGGCCAAAAUGUGCAGCCAAGUGCUUUGUGAGGAGAGAGGGGCAUGUGUGCGGAAGGCCUGGAACUCUAGUGACUACCUUCAUCUGAACCCGGCGAACUUCGUUAUUCAUACCACUGAGGAUGGCCGUUAUUUGGUGAAUGGGAAGCCGACCUAUGCGGACCUGAAACAAUUUUCAAAAAAAUUCACCUGUCGCUGUUUUGCGGGAUCCUCGUGUAAGACAGUGGUGAAUGUGACCACAACAUCUUUCAUCUACGUGUGCAUUGCUGAUGACAUCUGCAUCGAAGCCGAUCUAAAUUCGAAUCUGAGUGAAGAGGACUUCUCUAACUCUUCCUUCCACCUGGAAGACAAUUCUUUCUCCACCGUCAAGACUUGUGUCUCAGUAGACCCACCUGGCACCAAGGGACCACUUGUGCCUGGGGCAACAUCCCAGGCACUUGUGGAAGGCGAUGUCCUCUCCAACAGCAUUGAUGAUGUACAGACCGUUAUUCCUGGAAUCGACUCUUCAAAGAAAGACACUUAUGAGGAUCCCAAAGAUAUUUCGCCUUAUCCUUCCUUUGCUUUCUCUCCAAUUUAUGACAACAAAUCCCAAAAUGGAAUUAUUUAUUCGAGGACCUGUUCAGUUUUUACAAGCCUUUAUACCCAAAUACUCUUUAUUUUAAUAACUGAAAUAUUUGUUUUAAUCAACCUCUUUUCAGUUUAGUGGUAUUUAAAAUAGACCUUUUGUACUGCAGGGCUUCCUAUUUCUUGAAAUGUGAAUCAAAACCCCCGUUGACUCCACUGAACAUCAUUUUUUGUAGAAAAUUCACUUUAACAGCCAUGUUCUUAUUCCUAAAUGAUGAGGUGGGAGUUUGCUUAGGGUGAGGCUAGUGAGAGGAAAGGGUUUUAUAUAUUAGGAAACAAAAUCAUUUGAGAGUGUUUUGUCUAAUCAGCAUUGUAAUCAGCUCCUCUGUCAAAGCAGGUAAAUACACUCCACACUUCUAAACUUGGGGUUGAAAUUCCUGACAGACCCCUUGUGGAGGAACCUUCACUGUGUAUGAUCCCCGACACUGACACAUAAAUUAUUUCUUCCCAGAUUGUAAAUUAGUUCUUUCCAGAGAGAUGCAAGCUAAAACAUCCAUCAAUCAAUGGUAUUUAUUGAGCGCUUACUGUGGGUAUAGCUCUGUACAGUCGAGUUAAUAGUUGUGAUCCAUGCCCUCAGGGAACUCAUGGUCUAGUGGAGGAUGUUGUCAGGAGAAUAUCUCAUAAUUCCCUAAAAGUGUCCUGUCUGAAACGUGGAGUGAGAAAACCUCGUUAUGCAAGAACCGGGUGUGCGUUGAACUAAAUUUGUGCUUCUGAAGACCAAAUUGGAAAAUUGAAUUCCAUUCUUAUCUUGCACAGUUUAAAAUUGAACUAAUGGUCCAGUGCAAAAGAAAUUACCUGUGUUAUUAAAGUGUAAAUAAAACCUCAUGUAACCCAGGUUGUAUGUUAAGUAUUACUGUAUAAUAUGAGCCAUUGACUAAAUGGAAAUAAGAUG